UCCAGGACCCCCCGGUGCAACCAACCAACUCGCCGAAGAGCUGGGGCCUGCAUGCGCAUGUGUGUGUGUGUGCCACUCAUCGCCUUGCUCCUCUCGCCACUUACAACCGCAUCCACUGCCAAGAGGACGGCCUGGGUGGUUGAGUCUCCUGCGUUCGCCGCCGCGGUGCGCUCCUCGCUCUCCACGUCGUGGGAGCUCAAAGAUUGCAGCGCCAACGGCGCAGGCUGCGCCGUCUCGCUGCCCGACGCCGAGGUGGUCAUCGGCAGGGCGGACGCCCUCGACCUGACCAGGCUGCCGCGGCUCAAGCUCGCGCAGUCGUCCACCUAUUUCUACGCCGCGCCCAAGGCGGUGCCGUCCCGCGCCGCCAUCGCCACGGCCACCGGCUUCUGGCCGCAGCGCGGCGUCGAGCAGAUCGCCGAAUGGUGCAUCGCCGCCAUCUUCCAGGACGUGUACCGCCUCGCCGCCGCCUCGGCCGCCUUUGUCGAAUGUGCUUUCGCCGCAGAGGCGCCUUCGUCCUGCGCCGCGGCGUCCGAGGCGACCAACCACACCAUGGUGUCUGACCUCACCAUCGGCAUUUACGGAUACGGGCGGAUAGGGUCUGAGGUCGCCAGACGCGCUGCGGCGCUCGGCGCGACUGUGAUCGGCACCAAGCGUUCCGGCCCCUUCGUCCCUCCGCCCCCACCGCUCAAGUGGCUGUCCCCAGACAACGACCGGCUGCUGCGAGAGGCGGACGUGGUCGUGCUGACGGUGCCGGGGACGGGCCACGCCUCCACCGCGGGACUGGUCAACCGGACGAGUCUGCUGCUGAUGCGGCCGCACGCACUGCUCGUGCCGGUGAGCGCGGGCCCGAUCAACUUCGGCGACCUCGAGGCCGUCCUCCGCGACGAGCGGCCGAAGCAGCGGGCGGUGAUCGACACGUGGCCCGGCGGCUGCUGGCACUACCCGAACGCCUCCUGCGGCCCGCCCCUCGGCCCGCCCGACUUCCCCGGCUCGCCCGUCCUCGCGAGACUGCCAAACGUGCUGCCCCUCCCCUCGCUCUCGAUGCGCGACGCGGCCUACUGGCGCUCCGCCGCGGACUCGGUCGCGAGGAACUUGGACGCCCUCGCCAACGGCAAGCCGCUCGAAGGAGUCGUGAGGAAUGCGAGCGAUGUCGUGUCCGUUAUUUGAAAAACACCAAGACUGAUUACG